AUGGCCCCUGUUAAGAACGGUCGUUAUCUUUUCAACGAGAUCCCUACAGGUUACCCCGUCCCAGGCAAGACCACGAUAUACGAUGAAUCCGAGACAAUUGACCUGGACAAUGUCCCUCUGAAUGGCGGCGUCCUCGUCAAGAUCCUUGUCCUCUCCAUCGAUCCGUACAUGCGCGGAAGGAUGCGGAGCCCUGAGAACAAAAGCUAUGUUGAACCCUUCAAGCUAGGGGAACCCUUGGCGAACUCUGGUGUUGGUGUCGUUCUUCGCUCUGAGGCUCCAAAUGUGAAGCCAGGCGACCAUCUCUAUGGAUUCUACCGGUUCCAACAAUAUGAUGUCAUCACCGACGUGAAGAGUUUCCGUGUGCUCGAGAACAAGGAGGGCCUGCCAUGGUCGGUCUACCUCGGCGUCGCCGGUAUGCCUGGAGAGACUGCGUGGUAUGCUUGGCAAGAGUAUGCUGAAGCUAAGAAGGGGGACACUGUGUUUGUCACUACAGGCGCAGGUAUCACCGUCAUCCAGAUUGCCAAGGCCGCAGGCCUCAAGGUAAUCGGCUCCGCAGGAUCCGACGAGAAGGUUGAGUUCAUGAAGACCAUCGGCGCCGAUGUCGUCUUCAACUACAAGACGACCAAGGCGAGCGACGUCCUCGAGAAGGAGGGCCCGAUCAACAUCUACUGGGAUAAUGUCGGCGGAGAGCAGUUGGAAGCCGCAAUCGAGUACGCUGCCCCCGGCGCCCGCUUCAUCGAAUGCGGCAUGAUCUCGGGAUACAACACGACCGAUCAUUACCACGUCAAGAACCUCUUCAAGAUCGUCACAAAACAGCUGCACUUCCACGGCUUCAUCGUCGGCUUCCUCCGGCACAAGUACGUCGACGAGUUCUAUUCGUCCUUCGUGGGCCGUGUCGCCAGGGGCGAGAUCAAGUACAAGGAGCACAAGCUGUACGGGCUCGACAAGGCGGGAGAGGGCAUACUUGACGUGCAGAGCGGGAAGAAUUUCGGCAAGUGCGUAAUUGUCGUUGCGGAGGAGUAA